CCCCGUUGCCUCCCGGUCCUUUCGGAGGCCAAGCCAAGAUGGCCGCCGUCGGGGCGUCGGGUGGCUCGACGGCAACGGCGGGCAGCGCGGGCGGAGCACAGGCGUCGUCCUCCUCCACCGCGGCGACCACGACGACGGCUCCCGCGUCCUCCUCCGCCCCCUCGUCGUCGUCCGCAGCGGCGGGAGGGGCGGCGGCGGCUUCAGCCGCGUCGUCCGCGGCGGUCCCGCAGCCCCCGGUGGGAGGAAGCACCGGGCCCGCCUCGGGGGCGGCGCAGCAGGCGGUGGGCACCGGCGGGGCAGAGGCCGCGGCAGGAGGGGGCGGCGGCGGCUCCGCUGGUUCCUCGUCGUCGACGUCCUCCGCGUCCGGGGCCGGCGGCGCUUCGGUGUCGUCGGGGGCGUCCGAGUCGUGGUACGUGGCGCUGCUGGGCUUGGCCGAGCACUUCCGCACGUCUAGCCCGCCCAAGGUGCGGCUCUGCGUCCACUGCCUCCAGGCCGUGCUGCCCCGCAAGCCCCCCGCUCGGGUCGAAGCCCGCACCCACCUCCAGCUCGGCUCCGUCCUCUACCACCACACGCGCAACGGAGAGCAGGCCCGCGGGCACCUCGAGAAAGCGUGGCUGAUAUCACAACAAAUUCCACAGUUUGAGGAUGUCAAAUUUGAAGCUGCCAGCCUUCUGUCUGAGCUGUAUUGUCAAGAGAAUUCUGUGGACACAGCGAAGCCACUGCUGCGUAAAGCUAUCCAGAUUUCACAGCAGACUCCCUACUGGCACUGUCGUCUUCUUUUUCAGCUUGCGCAACUUCAUACGCUUGAAAAAGAUUUGGUGUCAGCCUGUGACCUUCUGGGAGUCGGAGCAGAAUAUGCACGUGUGGUAGGAUCAGAAUAUACAAGAGCGCUAUUUCUGUUAAGCAAAGGCAUGCUGCUCCUCAUGGAGAGGAAACUGCAGGAGGUGCAUCCGCUGCUUACUCUCUGUGGGCAGAUCGUUGAGAACUGGCAGGGGAACCCCAUCCAGAAGGAGUCACUGCGGGUGUUCUUCUUGGUACUGCAAGUGACGCAUUACCUGGAUGCUGGUCAGGUGAAGAGUGUCAAGCCAUGCCUAAAGCAGCUCCAGCAGUGUAUCCAGACCAUCUCAACUCUUCACGAUGAUGAGAUCCUGCCCAGCAACCCUGCAGACCUCUUCCACUGGCUGCCCAAGGAGCACAUGUGUGUGCUUGUUUACCUGGUGACGGUGAUGCACUCCAUGCAGGCUGGAUAUUUGGAGAAGGCCCAGAAAUACACUGACAAAGCCCUGAUGCAGCUGGAGAAACUCAAAAUGCUCGACUGCAGCCCGAUCUUAUCGUCUUUCCAAGUCAUUUUGUUGGAGCACAUCAUCAUGUGCCGGCUUGUCACAGGGCACAAAGCUACAGCCCUGCAAGAGAUUUCACAGGUUUGCCAGCUCUGUCAGCAGUCUCCCCGGCUCUUUUCUAAUCAUGCUGCCCAGCUACACGCUCUUCUGGGGCUGUAUUGCAUUUCUGUGAACUGCAUGGACAACGCAGAAGCACAGUUCACCACAGCACUUCGGCUCACCACCCAUCAGGAAUUGUGGGCUUUUAUUGUGACAAACUUGGCAAGUGUCUAUAUCAGGGAAGGAAACCGGCAUCAAGAGCUUUAUAGUUUAUUGGAAAGGAUAAACCCGGACCACAAUUUUCCUGUGAGUUCUCACUGCCUUCGAGCUGCCGCUUUCUAUAUCCGAGGGCUGUUCUCCUUCUUUCAAGGAAGGUACAAUGAAGCCAAGCGUUUUUUACGAGAGACGCUAAAAAUGUCAAACGCAGAAGAUCUAAACCGACUAACAGCAUGCUCUCUUGUUCUUUUGGGUCACAUCUUCUACGUAUUAGGGAAUCACAGGGAGAGUAACAACAUGGUAGUCCCAGCCAUGCAGCUGGCCAGCAAGAUCCCAGACAUGUCUGUGCAGCUGUGGUCAUCGGCUCUCCUGAGAGACCUAAACAAAGCAUGUGGGAAUGCCAUUGACGCUCAUGAGGCAGCGCAGAUGCAUCAGAACUUUUCCCAGCAGCUGCUCCAGGACCACAUUGAGGCCUGUAGUCUCCCAGAGCACAACCUUAUCACUUGGACAGAUGGGCCCCCACCUGUACAGUUUCAGGCACAAAAUGGACCCACCACCAGCCUGGCCAGCCUGUUGUGAACACGCUGUCUUCACAUCGGAAGAGGAUGGAACCUUUUUGUACACAGCUUUUUUUAAACAAAAGGAUGGGCAGCAAACGCUCCUCCAAGCCCUGUCGGAGUUGCAUUGAGGUUACGUUUCAUAGACCCACAGUUUGGCAUGGCCAUUCUGAGCUCCUUUUUAAGGUUUGUGUGUGUGUGUUGAUCACCUAGGUUGCAGGGGUGUGUGUGUAGGUAAACACAUACACAGUGUUGUAAGAGGCAGCCCGUCCUAUUUCUCAGAAUUUGGUUUUACGUGAUGCAGAUAAACAAGUGCCCCUUCAAUUAAGAAGAUUUGUUUAAAAGAGAAAGAAAAAGAAAGCAGCCCAUAUCUUGAAGGGAAUAAAUUGGUAUAGGUAGGUUGGGAUGGAAGAGGAGAAGCCAUGCCUGCUUCCUUGCUAAUUAAAACUGCCCCUGAAAAAUGCCACGUGCCUAUAUUUUUAUGAAGGCUCUAUUGCCCUUUGUAUUAUCCAAGCUGCUAGAUUUGCUUCUUGAGGACACUUGCUCUAAAAAUACUUAAGAUUGGUGCAUCUGUUACUAAAUAGCAUAGGCCCCGUUCUCUUGCAGGAAAUGCUCUGCCUCUGUUUGCUCACCUUAUCAUGGAAAGAACCCAGCAAAAUGGCAAAGUAAAAUGAGAGGCCUUUCCUCCAUUAGGUCACUUCAGGGAACUUGUGCUCUGCAUUCUUGAGAAUUAUGGGAAUUCAUCUUGGAGCAAAGCUUACGGUAAUCAGCCUCGGUUGGUGUUUAAGUGCCUGUUUGCUUUCUUAAAAGGUACAUGCCUUUCCUCCAGGGUAACCCUGUUGUUUUUCUCCAAGACACUUCACCACUUUGGGUAAAAUCAGUGAUUUUGCCAUUUUCUCUUUUGGGAAGGUGACAGGUCUUUACCUCUCUCUCCAACUGUUGGGUCUUGAGAAGUGGGAAAUAAGGACAAAUGGAGGCUUGGAUAGUAAGCUGGCCUGCUGUGGAUUCACGCAAUUAGUUUGGGAUGUGCUGCAGUCGCAUCUUCCGAGAAUCUCAUAGAAGCGUAGAAAGUUGCAUCAGGCACAGAAUUCAGCUUCUGAGAACCUUGGCAUUCAGGAUUUUUUUUACGAGAAAGCUUUUAGCCCACAAUAGCUGCAAAGAUACACUUGAAGGGAUAUGGGACAUACCUUCCAACAUCACAGACUCAAAACGGGAAGCUCGAACAAGUUUUCCAAUGAUUGGGAUAGAAAUUCUGUGCCCUUACCCUUCCCAUGGCUAGCAAAAUGAACAUGUAUUAUGCAAAGUACCUAAUUUGGAUGAUUAUGCAAAAUGAUUAUGCAAAUGAUGCAGUUUGCAUAAAUUAUGUUGCACUAGAAUCCAGCUUUUCCAACUACAGAACUGUUUUUUAUUUUAUUUUAAGGCAGGGGCACAACCCUGCUUCCAGUGUGGUGUGUGUGUGUGUGUGUCGAUUUUAAAAGGAAAUAGUUUAUCUCAGCUCCUAAUCAUGGAUUUUUAUCAACAUUUUAUGAUCCAAAAGCUACAACCAACAUCCCCUAAUCAUGCGCUUUUGAUAACGUUCAGGAAUGAUGCAAUCCGGUUCCCUUCUAAAGUAGGUUGAUGUGUAAAAAGAAAGUUGUUUGUAAGAUACUGAGGGAGAAAUAGAGGAAGGAAAGUACAGGAUAAGAGGUAACUAAAAACUGAAAGAGGAAGAACUAGUGUUGUUAAUUUUCUCUAUUAUUUGGAAUGUUUGCCUAUUUAUAGCGUUCCUUAACAGAUCCUGGCAAAAUGCAGUCCCCCACCCUUUUUCCUUCUCCCUAAGAGAGUAGCAACAAAUGCUUGCUAUCUCAUGUCAGCACAGACUGAACACUUACUUCCUCCUGAAGAAAUGUGUUGUGUGAGAUUUGCUCCAUAUUUUGGAUCCUUUUAAAAAAUAAAAUCUGCAAGGCCCCUCUCACAUGCCCUACUGCAUUUAGGAUAAAAAAAAAAAAAACUCUGGCGUGCCAAAAAAUGUAGGCCUGGGGUGGGGGGGGGAGUUGUCGAGAAGCAGGUAGAUCUGUACAGUGAGAUACAAUUUUGAAACAAGCCGUUCUCCCGAUUUUCCCACUGCAUCUUUAAGCUAGAUGUAAAUAAAGCUGGGUCAGAAAGCUGGAAGCUUAAUUUUUGUUUUACAACUCUUGUGUGAAAAUGGAUUUGUCCCCCCAGCCCGUAAUGCAGGGAUGUCUCUUAUCCAUAUUGUUAGGCUCUCUUCUCCAGACCAUGUAUAGUUGAGGGACUAAAGCUAUGUAUUUUCCAGCUGACCGAUUCUUUUUUCUCUUCCUCCUCCCUCAACUCGUCCUCCUAAGCAGUGUUCAGCCCCCAGAAAAGAAUUGCUAGUGCAUAAGUAGUCAAGAUUUAUACUUAGAAAAGGCUCUUUUUCAUAUAUAAAACCAAAAAGUAAAAAUUAUUUCUUACAAUAAAGACACACUUCCUCACCGACAAACCUGGACAACCCUUUGGAAAUGGAUAGGACCCUCAGGGGCCUGAUCUGAAAUGGCCCUGAUGGAUUGAAUCUAGCCCUCAGGAUGCUAGCGGGCUGCCUUUGUUAAAAUACACAUACCUCAUUUCCUUCCCAGCCCCUUCCCAAAGAAUACAGCCCUUGAUACACACUGUCCUAUCUUCCUAGAAAUCUGCAUUUUAGCUCAUAGAGGGUGGGCGAUUAGAUCAUUGAACUUGUGAUUUUGCACAGUUGAAAUAUGGAGUCUGCCAAUGCACGUGUGAGUUCUUGCUGUUCACACUUCUGAGGCACCUGCAGCUGUUCAUUAACACUCUUUAUGAAACAGUUCUUUUUAUGUACUUAAAAUGUGCUUUAGUAAAUUUGUACAGUUUUGUCUUUUAGCCUUUUCCAAAAAGUGUUUAAUCUUUCUUAACAAUAAUGUGUAAACAUAAAAAAUGUACAGGGGAAUACA